UAUCGUUACCUUCUCGCUCACUUUAAGUCAUUAAAAGAGCCCGAACAUUCAGCCAAUUUCAGUGGAAGAAACCUUUAUAGGAGCAUUACAAUUCGUCUUGUUGGUAUGAAAACAAUGCAUGAGAAGUGUUCAUCGAAAGUUACUUUUAAUUAUUCUUAAUCCAAAUUGUUUGCCACCUUUUGAAAAUUUUACAUACAGUUUUAAUGAGGCAAAACCAUGUAACAUUUCGUAUCCUUUCUCUAGAAACUAGGAUCAGAAUCUCCAAGAAGACAACUAGGAUUCGUAACCUUCAUCUCUGGAUCUUGGGUUAUAAUUUGGUCCUCUGCCUCGGAAUCUCCUACCAUCUCUCGCAAUAAAGAGGUAUUUGACUGCUGGCAGCUCCACCAACCUUCCAGUAGGAUAUCGUACCUAGAACUAGGAGUCCGUUUUUUUGGGGAGGGGUGCAGAGUGUGUCCGUAAGAGAGCGGGAGGAGUGAAGUGAUGACGACCCUGCUUUGAGAACACCUGAUUCGAUGUCCUGUUGAAACCCGAUCCAAGGUUUGCGGUUUCUCAAGGCAAAAAAAAGCAACCCGCGGCACAUAUGAUUAGCUCAGUGUGUGUUUCAUCCUUUCGCGGGCGCAAGUCUGGGAACAAGCCUCCUUCCAAGACAUGUUUGAAAGGAGAUAUGGGCAGGAACGAGGACAGCGACAAGAUUGUCAUCAAUGUUGGUGGCAUUCGGCAUGAGACGUACAGGAGUACCCUCAAAACGCUGCCCGGGACCCGCUUGUCUUGGCUUACUGAACCCGACGCCUUCAGCAAUUUUGAUUAUGACCCUAAGACGGACGAGUUCUUCUUCGAUCGGCACCCUGCUGUAUUUGCCUAUAUCCUCAACUAUUACCGGACUGGGAAGCUACAUUGCCCGUCCGACGUGUGCGGGCCCCUCUUUGAAGAAGAGCUUGCUUUCUGGGGAGUAGAUGAGACGGACGUGGAGGCGUGCUGCUGGAUGAAUUACCGGCAGCAUCGGGACGCUGAAGAAGCACUGGACAGUUUUGAGGCUCCAGAGCCACCUGAGGAAGAUGAGGAUGGUGACCUCAAGAGAAUUUGCCUGCAGGAAGACGGCAGAAAUUUGGGCUGGUGGAAGAAAAUGCAGCCCAAGGUUUGGGCACUUUUCGAAGACCCAUAUUCUUCCAAGGCAGCCAGGUAUUGCGCCUUUAUAUCCCUGUUUUUCAUCCUAAUCUCCAUAACCACCUUCUGCCUGGAAACACAUGAAGCUUUUAAUAGACUCACCAACAAAACUGAAAUAUACAAGACUAAUAACAAAACCAGGGAGGAAGUAAUCUAUGAGAUGGAGACAGAGCCUUUCCUAACAUAUAUUGAGGGCGUGUGCGUCAUCUGGUUUACCUUUGAGUUUUUUAUGAGAGUCAUUUUCUGCCCCAACAAGAUUGAGUUCAUCAAAAGCACUUUGAAUAUUAUUGACUUUGUUGCCAUCCUUCCUUUCUAUUUAGAGGUUGGCCUGAGUGGACUGUCUUCCAAAGCAGCCAAAGAUGUUUUGGGCUUCCUCCGUGUGGUCCGAUUUGUCCGGAUCCUCCGAAUCUUCAAGCUAACACGCCAUUUUGUGGGGCUGAGAGUACUAGGGCACACAUUACGUGCUAGUACAAAUGAGUUUCUGCUACUCAUCAUUUUUCUGGCCCUUGGAGUCCUGAUCUUUGCCACCAUGAUCUACUAUGCAGAAAGGAUUGGGGCCAACCCCAAUGAUCCAACUGGUAGUAACCAUACCACUUUCAAAAACAUACCUAUUGGUUUCUGGUGGGCUGUGGUCACUAUGACAACCCUGGGUUAUGGUGAUAUGUAUCCAGAGACUUGGUCUGGCAUGCUUGUGGGAGCUCUUUGUGCUUUGGCUGGUGUACUGACAAUUGCAAUGCCUGUUCCUGUGAUUGUCAACAAUUUUGGAAUGUAUUACUCCCUUGCCAUGGCAAAGCAGAAGUUACCAAAGAAGAAGAAUAAACAUAUUCCUAGGCCACCCCAGCCUGGAUCACCAAACUACUGCAAACCUGACAUGCAAACACCCCAGAGGAGUGCCCAAGGAGACUCCUGUCCACUUGCCCAGGAAGAAAUUAUUGAAAUCAACAGAGCAGACUCUAAACAGAAUGGUGAUGCAGCAAAUGCAGCACUGGCGAAUGAGGACUGCCCAACAAUUGAUCAGGCCCUGUCACCAGAGGAGAAAUCUCCUGUCACUCCUGGAUCAAGGGAGAGAUAUAACCGAGACCGCGCCUGCUUUUUACUCUCCACUGGAGACUUUGCACACUCUCCUGAUGGCAAUAUCCGCAAAGGCAGCCCGGUGGCUGAAGAUUGCUUUGACCGAGUUGGAGGUGCAGAACAGUUAUGGUACACAGGAAAUCAUGCAGCAACCAAUUCAGAGAGUGCAAAGACUAUGAAAACACGGAGUGCCUCCCUUGACACAAUGGCAAUGGAGAGAAGAUUUUUGGCGAAAAAAGGUUGCUUGCUCAAUGCACACAUCGGAUAA